UCGUUCAAGAUGGAUCUGUAUCGAUUUUUAUUGACAUUUUUUGCGUUUUUUGUGUGGAUUUUUGAUUUUACGAGCAGUACUUGUACUUCGCCAACGGAAGAAGUGCGAACAUUACAAACUAAUUUAGGACUUCCCUACAUUCAUAAGACUUAUACUUGGGGAAGGCGUUAUACAGGCGAUCAUCAAUUAUGGGAAACAAAAAAAUCCAUGUUAAGUAAUCAAUUCACAACCCUUCACAUCGACUUUGUAUAUCCGCAACAAGAAUUUUACACAACCAUAACUCAAGUCGUUGUCGAAGCUGCUCAAUCUUCAUCUUCCGGAGUUGCUACAUGCCUCGAAGGCGGAAUUCGUCAAGAUUUUGUAACAAUUGCUGUCGAUGCUAAUUACGCGACUUUUCUAAAUGCAACUUUUAGUGUCUUUGGACACGUGUUUUAA